GCCUAAAUCUCUAUUCUUUCCAUUCUUACGCUUUCGCAUUCAAUUCUUCUCAUCUCGACAACCUCAACACUCUCAAGCGCAGGAUACAGUUCGCUCCACAUAAACCAGCAAAGGAUAGCUCGGGAAAAAAAGACAUAUAUUUUCAAUCAUGGCAGAAAACGAGCUACUUGCGGCCUACAGGAGCGUGCCGGUCGUUACUCGGACGAUGCUCACUGCCACGAUCCUAAUUUCUGUCGGUGUGGCCCUCAAAUUCAUCCCAUUUGGGCUUGUCUAUCUGGACUGGUCCUUGAUUGUCUACAAGUUUCAGAUUCAUCGACUGUUUACAUCCUGCUUCAUCUCGGGCCUGAACUUCAACAUGUUGUUUGACCUCUACUUUAUGUACACAUAUGGAUCCCAACUCGAGACGACGACGUUUGCGGGCCGGACUGCAGAUUAUGCAUGGUUCGUCAUCUUUACUUCCCUGGUCACUGCCGCGGUAUCGUCGUACAUGAACAUUAUCAUCCUUUUUCAGUCCGUGUUGAUUGCAGUGAUCUAUCUGUGGUCCCGGUCGAAUUCUGAGAGGAUAGUGUCCUUCAUGUUUGGGUUCCAGUUCAAGGCGGUUUAUUUUCCAUGGGUGUUGAUUGCCUACACGUUCGUCCUCUCAGGAGCAGCUAUCCCAUGGGGCAUGCUGAUUGGAGUUGCGUCUGCGCAUCUGUACUACUUUUUGGAUCAUGUCUAUCCAGCAAUGGGUGGGCCUCGGCUGAUUCCAACACCGUCCUUGUUAUACAGGUUUUUGCCUCCUCAAGAAGUCGCUGGAGCAAGAUUUACGGGCAGUGGUGCAACGGCAAAUGUGUAUCGGCCUCCGGCCGCAGCAGCAGCAGGAGGAGGAGCAGGUGCAUCGGGUCAUCGGUGGGGUCAGGGCAAUCGGCUUGGAUAAGAUAUGGUCGUGGGAUCUUUGAUCCUUAUUUCUUGUUAGCAUUGUCAGGAUAAAUAAACCAUAGUACUUUUGUUUUUCCGUCAUAAUCUGUUUACACGUUUUUGGCGUGUUGUUG